AGGCGCCCUGCGGGAGGGGGAGGCGCCCCCAGCCCCGCGCAGGCGGCGGCACCGGCCCCGCCACCUGCCCGAGCCGCUCGCGGAGACGCCGCCGCCGCGGGCAGCGGACUGGCAUUCAGAAUGGCAGGCUUGUCUACUUUAAUCCUCCUUCUGUGUGCUGCUAAAGAUGUGAUGCCCUCCAGUUCUCACUGGAAGCCAACUUGGCCAUCUUACAGGGUUCCAGUUAUCUUACCACAGUCUACCCUUAACUUGGACAAACCGCGAUUUGAUGCGGAGACCAAAUUGGAAGUGGUAUCUCCUUGUGGCCCAGCAUGCCACAAAAGUUCCCCACUGCCAACUUAUGAAGAAGUAAAGAACUACCUGUCCUAUGAAACCUUGUAUGCUAAUGGUAGCCUCACUGAAACUGAAGUGGGCAUAUAUAUUCUGAGCAACAGUGGUGAGGGAUCUCAAGGCAAAUCUCGAACUAAGAGGCAGAUCUAUGGAUAUGACAGCAGGUUUAGCAUCUUUGGGAAGGACUUCUUGUUGAAUUACCCAUUCUCCACGUCAGUGAAGCUAUCUACUGGUUGCACAGGGACGCUAGUGGCUGAAAAGCAUGUUCUUACUGCUGCUCAUUGUAUCCACGAUGGCAAGAGUUAUGUAAAAGGAGCUCAGAAACUGCGGGUGGGGUUCCUGAGGCCCAAACUGAAAGAUGGCAGCAAAGGGGCCAAUAUUACCAGCUCAGCAAUGCCUGAGAAAAUGAAAUUCCAGUGGAUCAGAGUGAAAAGAACACAUGUUCCCAAAGGAUGGAUCAAAGGAAAUGCCAAUGAUAUUGGCAUGGAUUAUGACUAUGCCCUGCUGGAGCUCAAGAAGCCUCAUAAAAGAAAGUUUAUGAAGAUAGGUGUGAGCCCGCCAGCGAGGCACUUACCUGGAGGGAGGAUUCACUUCUCUGGCUAUGACAAUGAUCGACCAGGAAACCUGGUUUACCGUUUCUGUGACGUCAAAGACGAAACGUAUGACCUGUUGUACCAGCAGUGUGAUGCCCAGCCAGGUGCAAGUGGAUCUGGGGUAUAUGUGAGGAUGUGGAAGAGGCAGAAUCACAAAUGGGAGCGUAAAAUUAUUGGAAUAUUUUCAGGCCAUCAGUGGGUGGACAUGAAUGGCACCCCACAGGACUUCAAUGUAGCUGUUCGCAUCACACCCCUCAAAUAUGCACAGAUAUGUUACUGGAUCAAAGGCAACUACCUUGACUGUAGGGAAGGAUAAAGACGAUGAAACUCCUUGGAAGCACUUAAUGACUGGUUUAAUUACUCCUCUAAGGAAAGGCUAGACUUCUGCUGCAAAUGUGUGUAAUAUGAUUUUUGCAACACCAGGAUGUGAUCUGUAGCUUUGCGAGCAAGCCACCUUGUUCUCAGGACAGUGGUAGUGUAGUGCAGUCAUUACAGCUAGAAACUGUCUGGGGAGAGAGGAACGUCUUCAGGGUGGGGAAGGAGCAGGUGGGCUUGCUGACUUUGCAGCUGAGCAACUGAAGAUUAAUUAGGGGCGGAUCAGUAAACAGUACAAAAUCAGAACCGUCUCCAAAGAAUCUUAUAAAAGGGACGCUGUUGAUUAUCUCAUGCCUACAAUGUUUGUUUUAAUAAAUCCUAGGAUUAGUAGAAAUGCUUUGAUCUGAACUGUUAAAAGAAAAUAUUUCUGUGCUGUUGGGGGCUGCAGAGGGACAUUUAAUGAUGUUUGCAACCCAAACAUUACAGCUUUGUGUUCCUGCAUGAGAAAGGGAGUGUGAAAAGGGCAAAGCAUGCACCGUGGGAGAUAAAUGCCACACAAAUAGCGUGAAGGGUAAAUAACUACAUAAGAUUUAUAAACUUCUUUCAACCUGUGUGAUUUGAGACUUUGUUAGUAACAUAGUUAAGAGAAAUGCUUUUUGAGCAAACAAACCUUGAUCUUGCAAGAACUUAACUGUGAAGAUGAUGUUGGCCAUAAACAAACAGUGCCAUUGCAUCCUGCUUUGCUAAAAACAAAUCAUACAUUGACCUAAAUCCUUUACAGCAGCUGAGGCAUAGCCUUACACCUAGCAGAAUCCCUACAAAUAUAUUAUAGAAAGCAUGUGGGAACAGAGGCUUGUCUCCUCUAGUGACCUGUGAUCUUUUAAGGAAAAAUCUCUUGUCAGCAACUCAGACCCUUUGGAGGGGAGGCCUGUCUGGUCUUGCUGCCCAUCUGAGUUGCUGCUUGUGAAGCAGGUAACGGGGAGGGGAGGACAAAGGUUUUAUUGAAUUGUUUCCCUUUUUGUUGAAGAUCUGUGCUGCUCAACCCAUAGAUACAGCAGAGUAACCCUGGAUUUGUGAGUGUCUUUCCAUCAUAUCCCUUUCAAAGGCAAUUUUUACAUAAUCUUCACUUCUGUUUCUUGUGUUGUUUGGGGCAGGUUUCCCCCCCACCCCCUCACCUCAGUCAGAUUUUUGAGUGACCAGUAGUUCUUGUCAUACACGCAGUUCAGGAAUUCUGCAGCUGGAAUAGAGCCAGAUUAUAGGAUGCAAUCCCAGUUAGCACUGAAGUGGUGCCCUGCUGUCCCUUAUCAACCUGAGUGACUUAUUUUACUAUAGCAGAAGUGUAAUUUAAAACAAGAGCCACAGUAAAAAAAUCAACCCGUGCAAAUAUUUGUAGUUUAGCAAACAGCAUUGGGAAGUCAGUGUGGUCUGUACAGUGCUUCUCGGAUAGAUUGUGCCACUGUAUUGCAGUAACAUGGUUAAGGACAUGCUGCUAUGACAGCACUUUUUUAAAUAGGAUAGACACUGGCUCCAGUUCCAAUUCUCUUCUCCACCCCAUCUCUCACUGUCUCCUGAAGUUCACCAAGUUCCACCUGGCACUGGUGUUAUGCGGCAAACACAAGCCCCUCAUGUGAAAUAGCAGAGCUGGGAAGGAAUGAGGCUAGGCAGAGUUGCCCUGUACUAUAUGAGGAAAAUGUUAGUUCAGUUAAGCCUUUCUUUCACUCUACUAAUUACUGUGGCAUUUGUAAACGUAUGCCUCAUGGUGCUUUAUCUUUGUGAUGGCUUUGGCUCUAGUUCUGAAGGCCACUUUUGCUAGAGCUGCCUAUGGUUAUUAUUUUUAUAGGUGCAGCGUACAAAAACAUGGACCCUGUGUGGGUCCAUGUUUCCAUAUUCCAUGUGGGUUUCCAUGUGGAUUUUUGGUGCACUCAGAUACAAGCAGAUACUAAUGCUUUGAAAUAUGAAUAAUCACCAUAUGUAUCUGAUGGUUGUCUUCUGCCUUUUUAUUUUAGAUUUCCUUUACUCUUAUGGCUGUUAUCUGGAGCACUUUUGUUUGAAUGUAUCACAGUGAAUAAAGAAACAUUAUGGAA